UUCUACUACUAUAACCAUACGGCGAUGACAAUCCCUAUAUGGUCAUUCAUCUAAAAUAACUCCUUAUUUAGACUUAAGUACUAUUAUACUUUACAUCUCUGCGUUCUGCAUAUGACGACAUCCAGGAGUCCAACUAUCACCGUCCAGGGCCGACCGACCACUAUAAGUAACCACAGAGAACAGGGCUAAUUGGUCAGAUGUCGUCCAGCGCUCAACAGCUCUACGAUCUGUUUACGAGACCUAUUGUCCAUACUUAACUGUUUUACAUUGUGUUGUUAAUCGUUUCUUAUUUUAACAUACGUAUUAAAAGUUAUUACUAACUUUGUUUGUUAAAAUUCUGUUCUGCCUACCCUCUUCCAUCCUCACACGGCCUCCAGGCAUAACAGUGGUGUCAGAAAUCUCGACCUCUACCCUCAACUACAACACACAUUUUCAAAGGACUCUUUGGACGGCUCUCUCCAAAUUUUCGACCACUCAACCUUCAACUUCAACGCCGCUACGAUGUCUUCUAUCGAACUGAAUUUCAUUGUCAUCGACUUGGAGUUCAUGAAUUUGAACCCAGAAGAACGAGUUCUCGUCUCGGGAGCCAUAGCGAACUCGUUGGAUAGGUUUGAUAUAGUUCACCUUACCGGAAAUCCUAUUGUAAUCAAUAAACGGGGGUACACUAGACCUCUUGAAUUAUCCACUGAAUACCCCGAAUUUGUGAGGGAAUGCCAACGGAUUUUCGGCAAGACCGAGACAUCCACUAACGAACGACUAUACCCAUUACUUGCCGAACUAUAUGACAGUAUACACGAACCCCUUAACAACCUUAACCCGGAAUACAUAAAAUCUUAUAUCACUAAACGGGGGGACGCUUCCUUUAUCGUUCUUUGGAGUGGGGAUACUGAUAGGACCAUUUUAACCCAGUUAGGGAUACAUUUCACAAUGCUUAACUUAACAGCCAGAGACCUUUCCAAUACAGGGACAUACACUUUAACUCUAACAAAUUUCACGACACGUAGAACGCUAUUCUCUAUAGAACUCGGUCCAGUGGUUACCGCAAAAGGGAAUGUAUUAAGUCUAUAUCACACACAUUCCGUCUUUUGUGGUAGGGGACAUUCUAACUGUAUACAUCCACACCACCCGAUUACAGACCUACAAUGGACUAGGUGCAUAUUUGACAGAUUAGUUAGGAAAAUGACAUACAAACGACUAUGUGCCGAACUAACAAACUCACAUUAGCUACUUCUCUACUUCUUUUAACACAAGAUUCUAAAGUACAUAUGCAUAAAUACGUACGGAUACAACUUCGUCUAAACACGAUUAUCUACAAUAUUCACAGACCAGUUGCUUUAUAAUCGAACAUUGUUAUUAUUAUAAAAUGAUUUAAUACAUUACAGAAUGUUUUGGAUCACAACCCUUCCAGCGUUUUUUGUUCAUACACAAGCCACGCUGAUAACUGAUACCAAGUUCGAAUCAGGACUUUACUAUGAACAUCAAGGGAUAUUGAAAAUAUCGAAUGACCGAUGGAAACUAGUGACAUAUUAUGAUUUCAGUAAUUACAUUACAAACGCUCAAACACUAACAAACAUCACAGUGGAAACUGAUAAAUUAUGUACUUUCAUCGACACAUUGGGUAGUCAUAGUAACAAGACCUAUAGUUCUUUCUGCACUGCUAUGAGUGCGAAACAAAAACUUACAAAAACUAACAUAGAUAUCCGAAGGGAAGCAUUAUUAGAUGUAGUAGGGUAUAAUCCCAGCUACAAACACUUUUCUAAACGCUCGAUUACUAAUACUAUAAAAAACAUAGCACACGUUCUAUUCGGAGUAUGUGACGCUCUAUGUUCAGAUACUAACUUAGGUCACAUACAGAAUAUACAUAACUCAGAAAAUCAACAAUUAGAUGUGCUAGAUAAACAAAUAAAAAUCAUUAAAUCUGGUAUGACAUCCUUACACACUUUAACUAAAAAUCUUAAUGAUAAUACUCAAGUAAUUUCUAAACAAUUGGAUAAAAUAAAUCAAAGUUUGACCAAUAUAGCGACACUUAAUGAAAUAGGCUUUGCCGUUACACAGCAGUUUCUAUUAUUAAACGCUUUAACGGACCAGUACGAUUCUGAUACAAACUUGUUGUCUGAUUUAAUACACGCCGCACAGGUAGGACAAAUACAUUCGAGUAUUAUAACACCCAGUGAACUUUUAGACACUCUAAAAGACAUAAAAGUACAUUUACCAAAAUCAACUGACUUACCUGUAGGUUUCACCACCGCCGAUGUUGGUGAGUUACUAAAGAUUUCUGAGACAACUAUAUUUUCAAAGGACCAAACUAUUGUAUUUGUAAUUGAUAUACCAAUUGUAAACCAAAUCGAACUAAACUUAUACAAUUUAAUACCUUUACCCAAACAUGUUACUAAUGAUAAAUAUAUUUACAUUGAUUCUAAUUAUGACUAUAUUGCUGUUAGCAAAAGUAAAGACUAUUAUACAACUUUUAACAACCUACAAAUAUUACAAUGUAAACGUACUAAAAACUUUAUCCUAUGCCCGCAAUACCAACCGUUACACCCUAAAUCUAUGAAACCUAUUUGUGAAAUUGAAUUGUUUUUUCAACCACCUAAAUUACCUUUGGAUUGUAAAAUAAAAUAUUUUGAAUUAGACACUAGUAUUUUUCACAAAUUACUUUUUAAAAAUUCUUGGUUAUAUAUUACCAGGGAAGAAAAUAUUUUAUUAACUUGUAAUGAAAAUAUAGAAACCAGUAACACCCGUAUCCAUGGGGUAGGAUUAAUACAUAUACCCAUUAAUUGUAAAGCAUAUUCCAAUCAGGAUGUGCUGAUUCCAAAUAUAAUUAAUGAGAAUAUUGAUUACAUUGAUUUUGUACCACAGAUUAAAAUUACUAAUACUAGUUAUACGGAUAAGUUAAAUAUUUUAAAUGUAAACAAAUUAUUGACAGACCAUGUAUUAACUAACAAACUUAAUGAUGUGAAACGUAUAUCUGAAUCAUUAUUAAAUGUACCUGAUAAACUUAAUCAGAAAGAUUUUCAAUACAAUGUAAUAACUAAUACUAGAAGACAUGACAUGUUGUUAUACACCAUUUGUACAAUAAUUAUACUUUAUUGUCUGUAUUUUGUUUCAACCCUUGUGACAAGACUUUUCCCAUGUAAUAACAGAAUAUACAAUUUUUGCUCUGAGUCUGUUACUAGGCCAACCAAUACUGACGGAGUUGGACAACCGCUUUCUACAACGGACCCUACCAAUUUUGAAGAUGUUGAACUUCAACCAAGAGUGACAGCUCAUCAUAUCGCAACCAGGGACGUUUUACACUAUCCACCACUAUACUAAAGAGGACAUCCGACAAAAUAUGCCUCUUUACUUAAGGAGGGGCGUGUGACGCAAAGAGCCUUCACGUCCAUUCUACUGCUAUAACCAUACGGCGAUGACAAUCCCUAUAUGGUCAUUCAUCUAAAAUAACUCCUUAUUUAGACAUAAGUACUAUUAGACUUUACAUCUCUGCGUUCUGCAUAUGACGACAUCCAGGAGUCCAACUAUCACCGUCCAGGGCCGACCGACCACUAUAAGUAACCACAGAGAACAGGGCUAAUUGGUCAGAUGUCGUCCAGCGCUCAACAGCUCUACGAUCUGUUUACGAGACCUAUUGUCCAUACUUAACUGUUUUACAUUGUGUUGUUAAUCGUUUCUUAUUUUAACAUACGUAUUAAAAGUUAUUACUAACUUUGUUUGUUAAAAUUCUGUUCUGCCUACCCUCUUCCAUCCUCACACGGCCUCCAGGCAUAA